GCUCAGGUCAGAUCUCAUAAGGGUCCAAUUGGAGGAGAAAAGAAAUAGAAAGAGCGCGUUUAGAAACGGGAAGCUGCUCAGUGGUUUUGUGUAGUGCGCACCUCCCCUCUCUGUAGCACAAGAGCCUCCUCUAAUUCCUGCUCUUCAUGCCAGAGCCUGCAGCUGUCUCUGUUGCGUCCCACCGCCGCCGUUGUGGGAAAAUCGUCGCCCUGCAUGACGAACCGACGGGAGACUUUUUCCCCCCUUGAAGUGACAGAGCGAAGCCGAAGGAUCGUAACUUUAAAACAAUUUCCAAAACUGUUAGGAGACUGAAUGAAGACACCUGACAGCUCGUAACGCCCCGUCCGUGUGUUGCCUGAAAUCUUUGCAACUGUGAAGGCUAUAGGAAUGUGGAAUACAAGUGUAUCUCAGCGUAAAAGGACCUGCCUCUGCCCCUGACACCAUGACCACAGACCUGAACUUGACCUCUCUGCUGAAUGUGACAGAUCUCCACAAUCACACAAGAGGAUGUUCCCUCACCAAGACUGGUUUUCAGUUCUACUAUCUGCCCACCGUCUAUAUCAUGGUCUUCAUCACAGGGCUGGUGGGCAACAGCCUGGCCAUUUGGAUGUUUGUGUGCCACAUGAGACCCUGGAGCAGCAUCUCUGUCUACAUGUUCAACCUGGCUCUGGCUGACUUCUGCUACGUCCUGUCUUUGCCUUUCCUCAUCUUUUACUACUUCAACAAGACCGACUGGAUAUUCGGUGAUGUUCUGUGCCGACUGCAGAGAUUCAUUUUCCACGUUAAUCUGUACGGGAGCAUUUUGUUUCUGACCUGCAUCAGUGUUCACAGGUACUCCGGGGUGGUGCACCCGCUCAAGUCUCUGGGUCGACUGAAGAAGAAAAAUGCGGUUAUUACCAGCGCGUUGGUGUGGGCGGUGGUCGUUAUAGGCAUCUCUCCCAUCCUAUAUUAUUCCAGGACCGGCUUGAAGCGCAAUGCAACCAUUUGUUAUGACACCACCACUGAGGAUGAGUUACCAGGUUAUUUUAUCUACAGCAUGACUUUGACUGUGUUUGGGUUCUGCGUCCCUUUUAUAAUCAUAUUUUGCUGCUAUGGCAUGAUUGUCAAAGCGUUAAUCUGCAAUGACAUGAACAAUGCGCCUCUGCGGCAGAAAUCUAUCCACCUGGUUAUCAUCGUGCUCGCAGUCUUCGCCGUCUCCUACCUGCCUUUCCAUGUGAUGAAGAACCUUAACAUGAGGGCGAGGCUGUACUUCCAGAGCCCUGACAUGUGUGAUUUUAAUAACCGCGUCUACGCCACCUACCAGGUGACGCGGGGGCUGGCCAGCCUCAACAGCUGUGUGGAUCCUAUUCUUUACUUCCUGGCUGGAGAUACCUUCCGGAGGAAGCUUUCAAGGGCCACUAAAAAACCCUCCAGAAAGGGGGACAAUGUCCUUCAGUCCAAGAGCGAGGAGACGGCGCUCAACAGCCUGGCUGAGUAUGUGGAGAAUGGGGACAGGAGGAUGUGACAGGGCACAGAGGUGGCCUCUGUGUGCCAGUCAUGGCUGUGGAUUUUGGAAAUAGUACUAGAAACCACAAUGGACCUGGGAUUGAAUAAGUAAAUGCACUGUGUGGACUGAAGGCUGUGUGUAAAAUGUAAUGGGACGAUGGUUUAUAGAACUGUAGGAUAAAUACUCCAUUUAACCCUGUGAUGACCAUCGGUUGCUUGCAGCCUGUCGAUGUCGAUAAACUAUUGUACUGUAUUGUUCUAUACAUGUAUUGUAGAGCCAUCACUCUUCAUUCUCACUGAGUAGUUCGUGUUGUUUACACUUUGGACAAAAUGAACAUUAUGAUCAGCCAAGCUAAGGGAAAUAGGUUUUCCUACAGGCAAUAAUGUCCUGUUCAUCAAUUUGUUCAGAAAAAAUAGGACUGAGGAUGGAUAGCACCUUCUGCAGCCGCCAAGCUGAUGCUUAAUCAAUGGCUAUUAAGCAGGUGAGAGCUUGUGGUUAAAGAAGUGUACCUGGGACGGCUUUUGGAGGAAAAAAGUAAAUGCACUGAACCUGAGAUUGCUGCAUGGAUGUGCUGUGCAGACAUUGUAAUGCACUAUGACUAGGGGACUCUCUGCUCUGAGGGCUACCUAUCACUCCUCGUUUCUUUCUCCAUCUAUUACCGACUGGGCGAGGAAUGUGGUCGAACAGUUUUUCAUUUUGACAGCUCUGAGGUUAAGGUCCGCGACGGCUCUGUUACCACAAUCUUUCUCGAUUUGUUAACCUGUUCUCCACAGAAAAAAAAAUAGAAGAUAAUACUCAACAGUAUUUUGUGUAUAUGAUACUACAAUGAAUGAAAGGUGUACUGUACAGGAUGUUGUGACGUUCCAGAUUAGUUUGUGUUGAUAACCGUUUUGUUCAAAUCAGUAUCACUAAUUCAAACCUUUUAGUGCAUGAGUCAAGUAUCAAAAUAUUAUCAGUGAAACAAUGAUUUAUCACAGCUGGUUUUAACUACACAAGUGCAACAUAAGGAAUAAUAGCUUUUAAAUGAGCAGAACGGACAUACGCACUCAAUCACCUGCUUUGUGACUCCAUCAACAUAUUGAAGACUUGUUUGUAUGAGAUACCUCAAAGUAAAUACUGCACUGUGCUCUUGUGAUGACAGAUAAUAAUUUCUGUUUUGUAUCUGUUGUAAUCAUUCUGGAGAAAUGAUUGUGGAGCUCUCUCAGUAUAUUUUACCCUGGACUACCUAGAUGUUUGAUGUCUGUACUAAUGUACCUUUGUAAAUCUGUAACGUGGCUUACUAUUGUCAAGAAAGGAAGAGAAUCAUCUGUACAGGAUAUCUGGGGCCACUUGUAUCUUUGUCAAUAAAUUUUUAUAUGAAAACAAG